UUCGCGGGCUCCCUCUAGAGGCUAUCUUGCGGUUCUGCUGCCGGACGGCGGCGCGGGCCUCUCAGAGGGGAGCCGGGAGUUGUAGUCUACGGACAGUGGCUGCCACGGAGUGAUGCACGCCGGGAAUUGUGGUUCUAGGGAGGGGCGGUUGGUCCAGACCCGGCUCCGGCCUCACCCGUAUGGCGGCUGCGACACGCGGCUGCCGGCCCUGGGGCUCGCUCCUCGGGUUGCUGGGGUUGGUCUCGGCCGCGGCCGCCGCCUGGGACCUGACUUCGCUGCAUUGCCACUUCGGCGCCUUCUGCGAAUGUGACUUCCAGCCUGACUUCCAAGGUCUGGAGUGUGACCUGGCCCAGCACCUUGCCGGCCAGCACUUGGCCAAGGCGCUGGUGGUGAAGGCACUGAAGGCCUUCGUGCAGGACCCAGCCCCCACCAAGCCACUGGUCCUCUCCCUGCAUGGCUGGACAGGCACUGGCAAGUCCUACGUCAGCUCCCUGCUGGCGCGCUACCUUUUCCGGGGUGGUCUCCGCAGCCCUCAUGUACACCACUUUUCCCCCGUCAUCCACUUCCCCCACCCCGGCCACGUGGAGCGCUACAAGAAGGAUCUUAAGAGCUGGGUCCAGGGGAACCUCACUGCUUGCAGCCGCUCCCUCUUCCUCUUUGACGAGAUGGACAAGCUGGCCCCAGGCCUGAUGGAGGUCCUGCGACCUUUCCUGGGCUCCUCUUGGGUUGUGUUCGGGACCAACUAUCGCAAAGCCAUCUUCAUCUUCAUCAGCAACACUGGUGGUGAGCAGAUCAACCAGGUGGCACUGGAGGCGUGGCGCAGCCGCCGGGACCGUGAGGAGAUCCGCCUACAGGAACUGGAGCUGGUCAUCUCCCAGGCUGUGCUGGACAACCCGCACCAUGGCUUCUGGCGCUCAGGCAUCCUGGAAGAGCAUCUCCUAGACGUGCUGGUGCCUUUCCUCCCACUGCAGCGGCACCAUGUGCGGCACUGCGUGCUCAACGAGCUGGCCCAGCUGGGCCUGGAGCCAAGGGAUGAGGUCGUCCAGGCUGUGCUGGACAGCACCACCUUCUUCCCUGAGGACGAGCAGCUCUUUUCCUCCAAUGGCUGCAAAACUGUGGCUUCCAGGAUUGCCUUCUUCCUCUGAGUCUCUAGAUGGCACCCUUGCCCUCCUGGCCAGGCUGUGCAGGAGAGCCCUGGGGCCUCUUCAGUAGGGACUCUUUUCCUGAGCCUCCUGGAGAGUGAGACCCAGAGUCCAAAGUGAAGAUGAGGAGGCACGUUGGCCAGGCCAUGGGCCAGGGGGCCAGGGCAGGCCCUGGCCUCUUAACUGCUCUCCUCAGGGCAUCUUGGCCUUUGCUUCCUUCCCUAGGGAAACCACUGGUGACCCCAGAACUUCAGUGAGCCUUGACCUUGCCCUCCAGCUUGAGCCUUCUUAAAAUGUGAAUUGUAACUCAGGGACUGUGGCUCAUGGCUGCUCCCUCCCUCUUCAGUCUUACUCUUGGCCCCUUGGUCUGGCACCGUAUUCUCAAUCCUCCAUUCCAUACCCUAUGUCCCAGUAUCGUAAAGCCAAGCUGAGACUUCUCAGUCUCCGUGAACAGACGGACACAAGCUGCCACUUGGGCCUAGUUUUUAAAGUUUUUAAUUUUAUAAGAGAACAAACACAAUAAACUUAGCCAUGGGACCAGA